AUGUCCACGUCCACCUCGACCUCCACACCCAACGAAUCAACCUCAUCUACGGUGCCCGUCCCCAAACUGACUUCAACAUCCCACCCACCUCUCCUCAUCAAGAAACUAUCCCCCAACGCCACAACCCCGACCCGCGGCUCGGCCUUCGCAGCGGGUUACGACCUGUACGCCUCGAAACCAGCGACCAUCCCCGCGCGGGGCAAGGCCCUCGUGUCGACGGACCUCUCGAUCGCCACCCCGGAGGGCACGUACGGCCGCAUAGCGCCCCGGUCUGGGUUGGCGGCGAAACACUUCAUCGACACGGGCGCGGGGGUGAUUGACGCGGACUACCGCGGCGAGGUUAAAGUGUUGCUUUUUAACCACGCGGACACGGAUUUCGAGGUCAACAAGGGCGAUCGCAUUGCGCAGUUGGUGCUCGAGCGGAUAUACACGCCGGAGAUUGUCGAGGUGGACAGUCUGGAGGAGAGUGUGCGUGGGGCGGGCGGGUUUGGGAGUACAGGUGUGGGGGCGGCUUAG